AGUCGAGAUGACGUUCAUCGCCAAGACCUUCUACGACCUGAAAGCCACCACGCUGGAGGGGGACUCGGUGGAUUUCAACGUGUUUCGGGGACGGGUGGUCCUGAUAGAGAAUGUGGCCUCGCUCUGAGGCACCACCACCCGGGACUACAGCGAGCUCAACCAGCUUCAGAGCAAGUACCCACAUCGGCUGGUGGUCCUGGGUUUUCCCUGUAACCAGUUUGGAUAUCAGGAGAACUGCAGCAAUGGUGAGAUCCUGAAUUCCCUGCAGCACGUGCGUCCAGGCGGCGGCUUCAAGCCCAGCUUCACCAUCUUCGAGAAGUGUGACGUCAACGGAACAAACACACAUCCGGUCUUUGCCUAUCUUAAAGACAAGCUCCCCUACCCCGAUGACGACCCAACCUCCCUCAUGCAGGACCCCAAAUUUCUGGUUUGGAGUCCCAUCAGCAGGACCGACGUCUCUUGGAACUUUGAGAAAUUCCUCAUCGGGCCAGAGGGAGAGCCCUUUAAAAGAUACAGCAAAAAGUUCCCAACCAUUGACAUAGAGCCUGAUAUUCAAAGACUGUUAAGAUUAACCAAGACCUAAGAAUAGCCUUCACCUCUUAAUGACUUCUCAUCAAUCACAGUCAAAGCUGAUAUGCUGUCCUCCACACUUUUAGACCUUAUUAAAUGAGGGUGAUAUUCUGAAAAGCUGAGGGAAUAUUAUCUGAGGCCUCAUAAGUGCUUAAGAGUGGUGGAGGAAGAAAAUGAAUAUAUGUACCAUGAUAAAAAAAGUGGGCAUUCC